GGCACGGGCGAGGUGGGUGGGUGGGAAGUGCCGGUGCAGUUACCGGGGGAGUUGCUCCCAACGGGCGCUGCGCAGGCCGACUUGAACCAAGGCAGAAUGCGUUGGCCGCUGUUGUGGGCGUCCGGGCGGCAGGCAGCCACUUUGCUGCGUUACCCGGCCGGGCUUCGCUUCUGCAGCGCAGCCCGAGGCCCCGAGAUGGACGAGGUGCUCCGGCGGACGGUCGCGGCCUGCGAGCCCCGGGAGAAGACGGCGCCGGCGGUUCUGUUCGAGGAGCAGACGCGAGAGUUCGUGCGCUUUUAUCGCGGCCUAAGCGCAGAGCAGAGGCCGGACUUCCUGGCCAAGCUGACAGCCGAGUACGGCGUGGAGCACGGCCGGGUGGGCGAACUGUGCGGCCGGCUGGCCGAGGCCCAGAGCCGAGACCUGGGCGCCCUGUUGCAGGCAGAGGAGCGGCUGCGGAACGCACUGACACCUCGCUACAGCGUCCUCAUCGGCCGCAUCGGUCGCCUGGAGGACGGAGUGAAGUUCAUUGUCGACCUGCGGGCUGACGUCCUGCGGUACCUGAAAAUGAAGCCUGCCGACAGUCCUCACAUCAAGGAAAUGAAUGGGAUAUUGAAGACACUACUCUCAAAUUGGUUUUCUACAGGAUUCUUGAAAUUAGAACGUGUCACCUGGCAAUCCUCCUGUGAGCUGCUGCAGAAAAUUAGUCAAUAUGAAGCAGUGCAUCCAGUCAGAAGCUGGACUGACAUUAAACGCCGAGUUGGACCUUAUAGAAGGUGCUAUGUUUUCACACAUGGUACCAUGCCGGGUGAACCUCUGAUAGUUCUACAUGUAGCACUAACAGAUGAUAUAUCUAAAAAUAUACAGGCUAUUGUUGGACGGGAUCCCACUCCUGAAAUGACUGAAGACGUUAACAAGAUCACUACAGCUAUUUUCUACUCCAUCAGUUCUACACAACCAGGACUGCAAGAGGUAGAGCUUGGAAAUUAUCUCAUCAAGCGAGUAGUAAAAGAGUUACAGGGCGAGUUUCCUCACAUGAAGCAGUUUUCCAGUCUGUCACCUAUUCCUGGCUUCACAAAAUGGUUAGUUGCAAUCAUCAGUGACCAAAUGAAGGAAGGAACUACAUACAAGAUCCUUACACAAGCUGAGUGUAAAGAAAUCCAGGAAAUUAUUGGAGACCCUGUAUUAGAAAAACUUAAGAGUUUGCUUAUCACCAAUGAGUGGCUGAAGUCCAAAAAACUUGUUCAAGUUCUGGAGUUGCCACUUAUGAGACUUUGUGCCUGGUACUUGUAUGGAGAAAAACAUCGUGGGGCUGCUCUUAAUCAAGUAGCCAACUUUCAUCUUCAAAAUGGUGCUGUGAUGUGGCGGUUAAACUGGUUGGCUGACACAAGCCCUCGUGGCAUUUCAUCAUCCUCUGGAAUUAUGGCUAAUUAUCGUUAUUUCCUGGAAGAUACUAAUUAUAACAGUGCCCAGUACUUGAGGACAAGACAUAUUGAAGCAUCUGAACAGGUCUUGAGUCUUGUAGCUCAAUUUCAGAAAUUCAGUAAGCUUUAGAGCUUUACUGGGCAAUGCACUUCUUCUCUAAGAAAGGAGAAAUCAGUACAGUAUUGCUUAUAAGUGUUUAAAUAAAGCAAAUUGUAAUUAUGGAAAAUUCAUGGUGGUGAAGGCAAUUUUAUUUAUUUGCUUUGUUGAUAGUAUAUCAUUUAACGUACAUAAUGAUUUAAUGAGAAUGAUAAAUACUAUUGGCUGGUAAUUCUCUAACUGAAUUUUAAGUAAGGCAUAUGAAAAAAUUAGAUUUUUCCUCAACACUAAAGACAAUGACAACCAACGUGUUCUUUUGACACAGCUGGAUUAGAAUAUCCUUCCUUGUUUUAUAGGCAUUUGUAUAACUUUUCAACUUUGUAAAGCCCAAUAAUCUGAGAGGAAAGUAUCAUUAUUUUCUUUAGGGCUUCUGUGUUCUUCUUCACAGCUAAAAAGCUUUCAAUGCUGACGAGCUGAUGUUCAGCAUUUUGUAACCUUUUAGCUAAUCUAAACAAAGUCAAUUCCCACACAAAAGUAUUUGUGAUGGUAACGGCACUCAAAUGCUCUUGUAUCCUACUACUGAAAACUCCACCUUGGCAACAGACUACCAUUAUAAAUAAUUGCUUCAAAUAGUGAAUUGCUUGUAAGUUCACUAGGAUCAUCCUGUCCAUUUUAGUUAUUUGUGUUAGUGGUUAGGUUAGCGGUCCACGUUCCAAACUUGCACUUAUUGGCAGUUCCUUAAAUGGGUCAACUCCUCUAUAACAUUAAAUUUAGAUCCUUUUUGGAUGUUGUAGCUAGGAUAAUAUUUCAUAAUUAUCCUUUUUAUUAUUGAAUUAUGUGCUGUAGAUCAUAGGUACCAACACUUUGCCAAGUUCUUGAUGAAAGUCAGCAUAUAUAUCAGGCUAUAAUUGACUUUGUACUAAAGCAAAAAAAAGUGUUGAAACUUAGCAGUUUAAUAUCUUGACUUACAGAAUAAAACUUAGCUGUUCUGAUGAAAUAAUGUCCAGAAUGCUAUUGACCCUUCCAGUAGACUUUGAGUGAGUUUCUAAUUAAAUAUUAUUUGAAGAUUGCAGAAAUUUGGACCUAAUCCUCUCCCUAUUGUGCUAACAGUGGACAAUUUGUCCUACUAAUUCCAAAAAUGGCAGACAGAAACUUUGUGCAUUUUAUGACUGUUAUAAUCUAAGGUAAAAGUCACCUAAUGUUUAUUUGAAUUCAGUUGAGCUUUUGAGGAAAAACAACAGUGUGUACUAAGAAUAUUGUUCAAAAAUUAAAAAAAAAUUAAAGCAGUGACAAUCGUCAAAAAUAAUGACAUUGGAAUACUAUCGAUCGCCUAAUUUUAGAAUUAGUCCUCAUACCUUUCUUCAUUCUGUGACAUACAGAUGUGUGACUGCAAAUUAUUGUUAGAAAGUUGAAGGCCAGCUGUGAGCUGUUCCAUUCAUCCCCCAUAAUUCUGCCAACAAACUACAAAAAUCUUGCAGCAUAGCAAUCACCAUGGAAGCAAACUCCCAACAAAUCUGCACCUGAAAUGAGGCAAGCAUGGCACCUUAUGGCACACUUAUUUGCUUUUGGGUAGAAACAUCCAUCACCUAGUAACUGGAUGAUUAAUUGUACAAUCUAAAAGAAAAUGAAAGAAGUGUAAAUUUAUAAAUUUUAAAAAAUCUGGUUUUCAGAUGCUUCCAAUUAAGGAUAAUUGAUUGGGCAUAGUUGAUUUCAUUCACUUCUACAUUAAAACCAUUGACUAAAAUCAGUGAAGUCCUUUUGAACAGUGAAGUACUCCAAGGUAAUGAGAUCACCCACGUAAAAUCGUCUUUUAUUCAGUGUGUCUAUAAUUUUAAAUUACAAACCUUUAUAAUACCCAGAAAACAAGAACAAGUAAAAAUGCAUUGAUCCCUGUUGUUAAUAAAGAUGAAAACUGACUUGUUAUAACUGACACCCAGCAAGAGUUCUAUCUGGGAAGGUGAAAAUUCUUGGCACUUCCCCGUCAUGAACAAAAUCAAAGGAUUUCAGCAGAGAAUAGAAAAUGUAAUAUUCUAAUAUAUUAUGGCUAACAGAGCAAAUGUGUGGCAGUUUUUUAUAUUUGUCUUGGCAUUAAUAUCAAUUUGAAAAUUGAUUUUAGCUGACUAAAGUUAAAAUGUGUAAAGAACUGCUAGCUGAGCAAUAAAAAAUCAUCUAACUAAGGAAGAGACAAUAUGCACCUUAAAGAAAUCCAUUUAGAGAAAUUGCAUUGAACAUACAUGACCCCUAGCAGAAUUAGUAACAGUGAAACUAUUCAAUAACUAGUUUAAAGGAAACUGUUGAACUGCAAUUAACAUUCUCUAUUUAGUUUUAUUGCCUUCAUUUACUUUUAAUUAGAUUUUUAUCUGGAGGUUCUUUUAAAAUGGUAUAUCUGAACACACAGCUAAGUGCCAUUAGGUUUACUAGAAUUCUGUCUAGUUCAACAAGGUCAAAAUCCAUGAAAUGAGGAAAAUAAUUAAACAUAAUUUGCAGAUAAUGUAACAUUUAUGGAUGCAAUAAAAUGCAAUUUGAUAUUUAAAAAAAUGCUAUGCACAUCAAUGUGUCACUUUUUGAACACUUACUUGGAUGUAAUUUAAUUAAAUUACAGUAUUAAAAAUACAAAAUGUAAUUUUGUCUUUUUGUAAUUCACAAAACAUCCAUUCUGAAAUUACAUUAAUAUGAAGUUAAGAAAAAUGAACUUAUAAAAGAAAUUAAGAUCUAUUCAUGCAAUCCAUCAAUGGAAAAUAUACAAUAGAAUGUAUCAAUAGAAAUUGUACUAUAGAAUGUAUCAAAACCAGAAAGUUCCCGGUUUCUAUCAAUAAAUGAAAAUUGUUGAUCUAAAUCUGUA